CUAUCAGUGCAGUGUCUGGAGAUGACAACUAAGAGGAAGAUCAUCGGCCGCCUGGUGCCUUGCCGAUGCUUCCGGGGAGAAGAGGAAGUCAUUUCCGUGCUGGACUACUCUCAUUGCAGCCUACAGCAGGUGCCCAAAGAGAUCUUCAGCUUUGAGCGCACACUGGAGGAACUUUAUCUGGAUGCCAACCAAAUUGAGGAGCUGCCCAAGCAACUCUUUAAUUGUCAAGCACUUCGGAAACUGAGCAUGCCUGACAAUGACCUCUCCAGUCUGCCAACCACCAUUGCAAGCCUUGUAAAUUUGAAGGAGUUAGACAUCAGUAAAAAUGGUAUUCAAGAAUUUCCAGAUAACAUAAAAUGUUGUAAAUGUCUAACGAUUGUGGAAGCCAGUGUCAACCCAAUUACCAAGCUCCCAGAUGGUUUCACACAACUCCUCAACCUGACCCAGCUCUUCUUAAACGAUGCCUUUCUGGAAUACCUCCCAGCAAACUUUGGGAGACUGUCUAAAUUACGGAUUCUGGAGCUACGCGAGAAUCACCUUAAAACCUUGCCAAAGUCAAUACAUAGGCUGACACAGCUGGAACGAUUAGAUUUGGGAAGCAAUGAAUUUGCUGAGCUGCCAGAGGUCCUGGAGCAGCUGCAUAACCUGAAGGAGCUAUGGAUGGACAACAACUCACUGCAGACAGUACCUGGUUCUAUAGGGAAGUUGAGGCAGCUAAGAUACCUGGACCUGGCCAAGAACAGAAUUGAGACCCUUGACUCUGAAAUCUCUGGGUGUGAGUCCUUGGAAGACCUCCUGCUUUCCUCUAACUUGCUGCAGCAGUUGCCUGAUUCUAUAGGGAUGUUGAAGAGGUUGACAACUCUGAAAGUUGAUGACAACCAGCUGACCUCACUGCCCAGCACCAUUGGAAGUUUAUCACUUUUAGAAGAGUUUGACUGUAGCUGUAAUGAACUGGAGUCCCUUCCUCCUACCAUUGGCUACCUACACAACCUUCGAACUUUCGCUGCAGAUGAGAACUUCCUUACAGAGUUGCCCAGAGAGAUUGGCAACUGUAAGAAUGUCACAGUCAUGUCCUUACGCUCCAACAAGCUGGAAUUCCUACCAGAAGAGAUUGGACAGAUGACCAAACUGCGGGUUCUCAACCUCAGCGACAACAGGUUAAAGAAUUUACCAUUUAGUUUCACAAAACUAAAGGAUCUUGCUGCACUUUGGUUAUCAGACAAUCAGUCCAAAGCCCUUAUCCCACUCCAAACAGAGGCCCACCCAGAGACCAAACAGAGAGUUCUCACCAACUACAUGUUUCCUCAACAGCCUCGGCAUGACGAAGACUAUCAGUCAGACAGUGACAGUUUUAACCCCACCCUUUGGGAGGAACAGAGGCAGCAACGGAUGACUGUGGCCUUUGAUUUUGAGGAUAAGAAGGAGGAAGAGGACAGUUCUGGAAAAGUCAAGGUGGAAAUCAAUCUAAAGCGCUACCCAACCCCUUAUCCAGAAGACCUGAAGAACAUGGUGAAGUCAGUGCAGAACUUGGUUGGAAAGACAUCUCAUGUUCUCAGCACAGAGAAGUGUUCGUCGGGCACAAACAUGGAGCACCACAGCACUGAAAAGUACGAGCCCAAGUGGCCCAUUGCACCCAAGGAGGUGACCGACAGAGACACCAAAGACUUCCCGAAAUCACAGAUGACAGAGCAGGGAAAAAUCCUGAACUCAGUGAUGGAGAUCCCAAAGCUCAAGGAGAAGGAGGAGUUGACAGAGAGCUCAGAGAUUUCUUUUCAUCGCAUCGAUACCAAGCUGCCACAGCCAGAGAAUAUGAACCUGUCUGUAGCAUCUUCCUGUUUCUGCCUCAUAGACUCCCUUGGAGGAUCUCCUAAUGACAUUCGCAUUUCUGACAUGAGACCGACCUUGGUCGAGACCCCUAUGUACAAACCAAAGGUGGUCUUAUUGGGCAAAGAGAAGAAAGAGUCUACGGAUGAAUCAGAUGCUGAUAAAACUCAUGGCCUCAACAACAGCGGCUCCUCGGCCACCUACUCAGACUAUUCCCCCUCUCAGGGCUCCUCAGGGUCCUCCAACCCCCCCGGCACUGUGACCGCCCUGCAGCCUGUGGGGAAAGAGGGAGCACCGCCAGCGCACUGGACAAACAGGCUGGCCCAGUCAUUCCCAAAGCCCAUAGAGUCCAAGCCAUUGCUAAGUCAGAGAGAGACCCCUCCUUCCAGCAGCCUGCAGCAAAGAAGUGAAAGGCGUCCUCUUAGCGACACCUUUGACAGCUGGAAUGAUACCUCUCACUAUGACAACACGGGUUUUGUUGCUGAGGAGCCCCCAGUGGAGACGUCAAGCAGUGGAAACCCCAUGUUGGGCUCCAAACCCAGGAGCUCCUCUGCGCAUGGCCGCCGGCCCCUGCUGCGGCAGGAGCGGAUAGUAGGGGUACCACUGGAGCUGGAACAGUCCCCCCACACCUUCCACCCUGUACGCAAUACACCUGAACCUGAGGCCCCUCCUCCUCCCACAAACCCAUGGCAGAACUGGACGAGGACCCCUAGCCCUUUUGAGGACCGCACAGCCUUCCCUUCCAAGCUGGAGAUCACCCCUGCCAAUAGCCCUAAUCCUGACCGUAAGGACUUUGAGCAGGAGAUAAGUGACUUGCCUGGAACCUUUCCUUCCACGGGAGCAUGGGGUUUCUUGGACUCUCGGGACUCAGGGAUGGCGCGGAGUCACUCUAACGUUUUCACACACGUACAGUGCAGGCCUGACUCUGCAAAAAGCAGCAUGGUCAUCAGUAAGAGCACGGAGAGGCUCUCGCCCAUGAUGAAGGAGGUAAAGGCAAAGUUCAAAAAGUCACAGAGUAUUGACGAGAUUGACAUUGGCUCUUACAAAGUAUAUAGCAUUCCCUUGGAUAGCUACAGCUCCAGCAUAGAAAAUCAAGGCAGUGUCGACAGGCCGGACCUCCCUCCUCCAAUGGAGCAGAGCAUGUCCCGGAGCCAGUCUGCGCCUAUGCUGGAUGAUGACCUAGAUGGCUUUGGAACUGGAAAAACUUUACAGCAACAGAAGCCUUCCAUCCCUAAAAAGGUUUAUCAGUUUGACCAAAGCUUCAACCCCCAGGGGGCUAUGGAGGUUUUGAAUCCUGAGAGGAGAGUCCCACCCCCUUUCCCCAACACCCCUGAGUAUGUGAAUCAACCAGGAAAGACCCUUCCAAAAGAACUGGUAAGUCCCAGGGGCUAUCGGGGCUAUCCCCCAGUGGAGCAGAUGUUUUCCUUCUCGCAGCCAUCCGUCAAUGAGGAUGCUGUUAGCCAGCCAUUCUCAAGCCAACGGUCUCGACCAGGCUUCCUGCGAAGGGCUGACUCCUUGGUCAGUUCCACAGAGAUGGCACUUUUCCGCAGGGUAGCUGAAGCCCAAGAGCUCCAGUUUAGUGACCGCUACACCAGACCACACUUCAAGGGAAUGUUAGAGCAUCAGAGCAGCUUGUCCCCUGUGGUGGACUCCCAGUUCCAUAGAAGGAAUGGUAGGUACGAGGAGGACUACUCGUCGCACCCGGAGCCUAAAAAGCCAAUCAUGGGCUACCCCACCAAGAGCCUGACUCAGAGGCGACCCCUGUCUGCCAGAAGCUACAGCACAGAGACCUAUGGUGCCUCACAGGCUCGGCCAGUGUCGGCUAGGCCCACAAUGGCAGCCUUGCUGGAGAAGAUGCCUUCGGAUUACAACCUGAGCACCUGUACUGAGAGAAGCACUGACACAGACAUGAAGCUCCGGUCCAUAGUGCAGAAACCCGAGGAUGUCUCCUCUAAAAUGCCAGUGGACUGGAGGCAGCAGCUGCUGAGACACAUAGAAGCGAAGAGAUUAGACCGGAGCGCUGCCCUUAAGCACAACACAGUAAACUUCGGCAUGCUGUAUUCUGGACGCUAUGCUGAUCCGCAUGCCAACAGAAGCAUGACCAUAAACUUUUACAAUAAUGCAAAGCAUGAAAACCAAACAACACAGUGGCUACCUCUUCCAAAUACCCCAUCGCAGCAGAGCAGCAUUCUAGAUAACGGUCAGGAGGAGCUCUCCCCAACCAGCCAGUGGGCUCCUUACUCGCUUGGCAGGAGGGAUGUACCACCAGAGAAUAUUGUAAAAAAGGCAGGUGGCCAUCCCCACCAGAUGCAGACAAUGGUCAUGACCUCAGUGUCCGCCACGCCACCACACCGCUCUGCCCGGGACCAGCAGUAUGAGGGACCCAUAAACAGGAUUUCCAUCCAGCAGUACCAGUCUCCACUACCCAUGCCCAUUUCUGCCACCAGCCCCCGGCCCCAGAGUGCCCGCUGCCUCAUUCAAACCAAGGGCCAGAAGAGCAUGGAUGGGUACCAGGAGCAGCUGUGUGUUCGGAUAGAGAAAAACCCAGGCUUGGGUUUCAGCAUCUCAGGGGGGAUCAGUGGGCAAGGGAACCCCUUCAAGCCUUCAGACAUGGGUAUCUUUGUUACUAGGGUACAGCCUGAUGGACCCGCCGCCAACAUUCUUCAGCCCGGGGACAAAAUUCUGAAGGCCAACGGACAUAGUUUUUUACACAUGGAGCAUGAAACGGCUGUCUCUCUGCUGAAGAAUUUCCAGAAAACUGUGGACUUGGUAAUCUUGAGGGAGAGCACAAUGUAAUUUUUUCUUUCUUUUUUAAAUCAUGACUUAUUACAACUAUGGAGUGCUGAGAUGUGCAUAAGUUACUCCAAUCUGUUUUUAUCUAGGAAUAGUAACAUUUGCCAAUUGCUGGACCAAUGGCAAAUAUUAGUGCCAAAUGUACUAUAAAGUCACGUGUUAAACAUUGAUCAAAUUGAAAGAACUGUUUAAAUAUUAUGUUGAUGUGAGUGCAAUUCAUUUACUGUGUCUCCAUCAGCCUCGGGCUGUAGAUUGGUGCAAUUAUUGAUUUUUUUGUAUAUUUCGUUUGGAUUCUUCUUUUACUUUCUAAUGUCCUAAUUUAUAAUUGUUUUUCAUUUUUUAUUUUAUGGAACUUUUAAUUUAUAUUUUGGCGCAUGAAAGCACAGUGGCUCUAGGAAUUACAUUCACCAUAAACACUGCCUCAACUGUGUGUAUGCCUUUUGUAAAUAUAUACAUUAAAAAUAUGAAAUUAAGGUUGGAGAGAAUUGAGUUCAGGAUGAUAAUGGAAGAAAUGUAUGUUUUCUUUACCAAAUAAUUUAUCUUGCAGUGCCAUUUUAAGACAUUAAAUACAAUCUGCUAAAAAUUUUUAAAUACAUUUUGAAAAUACCUUUAUGACCAUUUAUAC